CAUCUCAGUAUGGUGGUAUUUCCUGCGGUUAAUCGUCACCGUCACGUUCGUUGCAAGCUCAACAACUGCAUGCUAUUGUUGCCAGGUCCUUGGCGUAGAUUUCGUGGGUGCGGGAUUGUAAUUUUACUCAUGGCUCGACAUCCUCGAACUCGAUUCUGGUGUGUGCUCUUUGAAGUCGUAUGUUCCGUGUGCUUGAAGACGGUUGUGAGGUGUAGCUGAGUGGAGGCGAGGUCCACCAGAAAUUCGGUUUUAUGGUAUCCGGACUCCGCUUUGGUGGCUCGUUGUGACAGCUAGCUCUCAGGUGGGAGAGCCAGGGCGUCUGUCUGCAAGAAUUUGUGGCUGCACAUGUGAUGGUGCAGAAGGUAGCUUUGUUCCAGUCCUUGCUUACUCUGACAUGCUGAUUUCACCAACUGUACCACCGAUCGGGAGGUGCACCUUCACUCACAGCUAAGCUGGGUGUCCAGGGAUCUUCAAUUGUAGCCUCAUCCACAAUAAAUUGUACAUACCUAGUUGGAUAGUACAGAGCUACACGAGUUGGGCAAAGUUGGUACCCUUGGGGUGUCUACGUCGCUUUGGAGGCUUUCAAUACCACUUUGUUGUUCGGUUGCAUUACGACUGCUGGAAGUGAAUGCAGUCAGUGGGGGUGUCAGGCGUGUGAGAUGAUCACCGAGGAGGAGAGGCAGAGGCCAGGAUUUAGUGGGGUGGUUUCGGGGUUCUUUUGCGCAGAUGCUUUAAAGCGCUGCAAGUGAUGAACACGUGAGGGGUUUGCUGAUUGCGAGAUUCUUCCUACGAGGACCAAUGUGGGGGAGUUCGAUGUAGAGGAAGGAGCAGGGCAAGCUUUCGCGACAGUUUGAGCGAGAAGAGUAGCAUACUUGAUAACUUGUAAUGGAGCAGCGACUCGAUUCUGUUGCUCUGGACAUGGACAUUGCGCCGUGGGGUGGGCAGGAGUACUUGGUACCUACCUCAUUCGGUCCCAUUUCAGUCACUGUUUGUGGAGAUCUGGACAAGUGCGCUCUCGUCACUUACCCUGACGUGGGACUAAAUUACUUGUCUUGCUUCGAGGGUCUUUUCUCUACUCCUGAAGCUUCUUCGGUGCUCUUCCACAAUUUUUGCAUAUAUCAUAUUGACCCACCGGGUCACGAGGUUGGGGCACCUGAAAUUUCUCCUGAUCAGGGCUUUCUAUCCGUUGAUGAUUUAGCCGACCAAGUUGCCGAAGUUGUAGAUUAUUUUGGGAUCAACGAGGUGAUCGGCUUAGGAGCCACUGCUGGAGCUUAUGUCCUUAGCCUGUUUGCGUGCAAGUAUCCAGACCGUGCAUUAGGUCUCAUCUUGGUGUCACCCGUUGCCCAAUGUGCAUCUUGGACGGAAUGGUUGCAGAAUCAGGCCAUGAUUAAUCUUCUUUACUUCUGCGGCAUGACUCAUUUUGUUAGGGAGAGCCUUAUUAAACGGUACUUUGGUUCAGAAGUACGGGAUGCAGCAGCUUCAGUAGGAGGGGCAGACAUGUUGAAAACCCUGUGUCAAUAUAUGGACAACGGCCGAAGUGAAAACGUGAUGCGCUACCUGCAAGCAAUCCAUCGAAGGCGAGAUUUGACCGAGGAUCUGAAAGUUCUGAGGUGCCGGACGCUGAUACUAGUUGGGGAAGAGUCUCCUUUCCACCACGAAACACUGCACAUGAGCAAUGCCAUGAACAGACGUUACAAUGCGUUGAUUGAGGUAGAAGGGUGUGGUUCCUUAGUCACGGAGGAGAGGCCACAAUCCAUGCUAGUGCCCAUUGAGCUUUUUCUCACGGGCUAUGCUUUCUAUCAACGCCCAUCGAGGUCUGUUUCUUCCAGCCCGAGCAGCCCUCUGAGCUCCCUCUGUGUGGCAGCCGAGCUCCUGUCACCGGAGAGUCUGGGAGUGAAGCUGAAGCCCAUCAAGACUCGCGUUUGUGCACCAAUGCAAUAGCAGGACCAGCACAUUUUGAUACAUGGAGACAGUGAGCCUGGUGUUGUACAUCAAUGUAGAGUGCAUCGGAGCCGAGCUGAGCCGUGCAGUUCCGGUGGUGAAGAGAGCUCGGCAUGAGUGAACCCUUGACACAGUAGCAAGGUGCGGCAAGCAUGUUCCGAUUUCGCAUUAUCAUUCGAGCCAUGACAUGCUUCAUACACAGCGUCCACUAUGGGCGGCGAUGCUCGGUGGAUUCCACCGCGUUGUUUCAAUAAUGAGAAUCUGUACACUAGCAGUGGAGCUUGGGGAUCUCUGUGAGACCCCUCUUUUGGGUUGAAGUGUGUGACGUUCCUUCAAGCCUGAUUCAAUACAAGAGGGGACACCAUGGACACGACCGUUUUGAUGUGGUCACAGGAACAUUGCUCUUGUGCAUGGUUUCUUGAGGUUUACCAAGUUUUCAGCUCCUUUCAUGUUUCUACACAUUCAA